AUGUUGGUUCCGAACGUCUUUACGGCGACGGCAGUUCUUUCUGCCUUUGUUGUUGGACUUCCUUUAGGGGCAAGCAACGAUGCCCUCAUUCAACGACAGAGUAUCGCAACGGAGGUCGAGCAGGAGGAUCCUUCUCUUGAUAAGAGAGCAAGAAUACGAUUUACUAUUGGACCAGUCGCCAAGACCAAGUUUAAGAUAGGACGGUCAGAGAGUAGACCUGCAGGUCAUGUAACUAGGAGGACGGAUGAUAAUGGAGACCUUCCCUACGCGACAUCUCCACCCGAUGAAGGCGGCGUUCUGACUAAGAGAGUGCUCAGACCAAUACCCAAAGGAGGGGGGUCCUCUACUCAGCUACCACCAUGGUUCCCAAGAUUUACAAAGCAUCAUACAAACGCUAAAAGGCAAGACGUUGUGGAUUCUGUUUCAGAUGAAGAUACUACAGCCCCUUUGGCGAAGAGAGUCACGCCCUGGGGCACAAGCGAAAAUCUUGUCAAAGGAGGUUCGAUUGAGCUCAUUGGUAAACCAAUUCCCAAAGGAUCGCUCGGUAAUCCGCACUCGCCAAAGGCAAAACCCCCCGUGCAGGCAAAACCCCCCGUCCAACCGGUCCGAACGUCGAGGUUUAAUAUUCCAAAUUUCAAUCUUCCAAAGUUCGGCUUAAACAAACCACCAAGGCCUCCGAAGCUCGCGUAGAGGCCCCUGUGGGUCUUUUGAAGACCAUGGAGCGAAUAUUAUCUCAACGGAAGCCGAAAAAGCCAGAAGCUGCCGGAUGA